AAAAUCAGGACUAUCAUGAAGACCACAGUAAACUAUUAAACAAUAACAUCGAUAUUAUAACCAAUGUUACGGAUGAUUAUUUACAAGAAGCAGUGGAGUCCAUGGUUGGAAAAGUGGGAAGUGGCAUAUUGAAAGUGGAUAAUGUAAAUUUGGAAGAAAUUUUCGAAAAGUACCGUGAUGAGUGUGAAAGUAGAUUUGAUGAUAUUAUGGAUUUGAGACCCACUUCACAAUUGACAAAAAUUAUUCCCGAAGUGACGUGGGAAAAAUUUAUCUUGGAUACAUAUCCUAACCAUAAAAUAUCGGAAAAAUGGGAAGAAUUAAUACAAGGUUUUUUUAAGCCAAAAAAUACCCUAACCGAAUGGGAGAAAGCCUGGCGCAGACUUUUUGACGAAAAAGAAAGUAGUGAAGAUCUGGUGAUAAAAGAUACAUUAUACAAUAUACUCUCCCCAUACAUUGAAGCUUUUAAAGCACCGUUUAAUAUACUAAAGUCUGGUGAUCUGGAGGAAAAUCAAUAUAAUUCACAAUUUGUAAAUCCCAUUUUAAAAAAUACGCUCAAUGCUAUUUGUAGUAUGGAUUGGAGAAUCCUCGAGGUUCCAACCAGAAGUAGCAAAUAUCGACGCAAUUCUAAUAUCGACCCAUUCCUUGAUAAAGUUUUGAGUGCAAAACGUGCGGAUGGCCUGGCGCGUCGAUGGCAAAGCCAGGAAGAAACAUUCGUAUAUGAACAGACAGGAGGACCAGAUGUUGAUGAUGUUACCGAUUUUUACGUCCACGAUUAUAAAUUGGUGCGAACCAUGCGUGAUGUGUUGAAUCAACGAAUUAUUCUUCGGCUCAAUGAUGGUAUAAAAGAUUGCAACAACUUGGCUAGUUUCGGUGCUCUGGGUCAUCGUGAUGAAGUAUCUCUGUUUUGGUGCACGAUACACCUAAGAUCUUAUUGUUUACGUGAAUAUGGAAGCUUUCGCAUACCCACAAUAUGGCAAGAUCUUCCCGUUCUAUCUGAAACAAUAAUAACAUGCUUGAAGUUUUUUUCUUUCAUGAAAGACAACACCAUGAGAAUCGAGUCACGUGCCGAUCAAAAAAUGAAAUUACUUUCCAAGCGGAAGAUUCAUACA